GUUCAAUACGUCUCGACCAGCCCGCCCGGCGGUGUUCCACGCCCGUCCUCUCUGCGGUGAUCCUCCCGUGAAGCUGGUCAGCGAGACUGUGCUGAGCGGGACAGCAUACCCAGCCAGGCGGCAGUGGUUGGUGCUCCCGACCAGUCGACAGUUGAAGUCUCCACGGGGUUCAGUCGCGGGCAGCGGUGUGCGUUGUUUGAGGCGCCACGGGCGACGCCUCAAAGAUCGGGGCGGGCCCCGACUGUCUCGUCUUUAGAUGUGAGAAAUGUGAGAGAAUAUCUUGCGUCAAAACAGAGUUCUGGUGAGAACGGGGUACCAGUGAUCUAAGACGAUCGGCACGGAGGUCAAGACUUCAGAGGACUGAUGGAAUCAGAAAAAACGGUGAGGACAAAGAUUAACUAGUGAGGAUUGUCGCCAUGCCGUCGUCGCUGAAGAGGAGUCGCCAGCUGCUGUUGCUGUGCCUGCUGCUGGCCAAGCUGUGCCGCAGCAACGGAAGGGGAUAUGAAGAGCACUAUCCUCCGGUGGCCAGGCAAGAGUUUCUGCCCGUGGAGGAGGUCCAGACGGGCCAGUGUAACAAAACUGUGGCGAUUUACGAAGACGUUUCUACACCCAGUGUGACGGCAGAGACAUACAACAAGCCUCUGACCUGCUGGUACGAGUUCAGACCAAACGGUGCGCCCAGCUCUGAUUACGUCAUCGACAUUCGGUUCAAGACUUUCAACGUGGGCCGAGUGCAUAACAGCACCACGUGUCGUGGGGGCUAUGUUCAGAUUAUUGACGGUAACGAGGAGACUCCCGUCACCAAUCAUCUGUCUCCUGGGUUCUUCUGCGGAGAAAUGCAGAACAGCAAGAACUUCAUCAGUGAGACGAACUCGGUGAAGCUGAUAUUUCACGUGGAUAACUUCACCGAGGGCACAUACCUUUCGUUUUUCUCUCGAACUGAGCUGACGAGAGCGCUGCACAAACGUUACGGGAAACAGCCGGAGCUGUACCCUGGAGGACGGCGGGGAGACCCGGUCGGGCCGAACAGAUACUGUGAGCGCGUCUUCAGUCGGUGUCGAACGGAUAGCUGCUUCGUCCAGUCGCCCGCCUACCCAGGACCCUAUCCCAGGAAUUUACACUGUCGCUAUCAUCUGAACGUUGAGCGAGCCUACAUUCGACUGUACACAGCAGACCAGCAAGUCAGCAUAGAUGGACAACGCUGCGACAGUCCAAUGAUAUGUCCGCUCCGGCCUCUGACGUCAGAGGCUGAGCGAUGCACGAGAGACUACAUCACAAUAUACGACGGGAAGAAUGAAAUCGAUCCAAAGAUCGGCACUUUUUGUGGAUUCGGGAGGUUCCCGCACUCGGUCACCGGGUCGGGCACAGACCUGCUGGUGACCUUCACCAGCUCCCCGGCCGGACCGCUGCUCAACGAGGGAUUCCAGUUCUCCGUCGGCAGCGUGCCCGGAAAACGAGAUACGCAGGGUAAGCUGUCGGGCCUGUGUGACUGGAUUUUCGGCGCCCGCCGUCUCCGUCGCAGCGGUCAGAGCAGCGGUCAGUUCUCCUCUCUCGCUCACUGGUAUCCGGCCAACACGACCUGCCGCCACCUCAUACGGGCAGACAGCGGACAGAGGGUGCGACUUCGGUUCACCAGUUUCCGAGUGGAUCCGAUCACAGCGCCUCUGGCGGCCGACGACGGAGACUGCGCCGAGUCGCUGGCGGUAUACGACGCUGCCGAACCUCGCUCCGACCGACUGCUGCAGCUGUUCUGCGACACGUUCAGCGCUCCGGCCAAGAGCGACCCCAUCCUCUCUACCGGAAGGACGCUGCUGGUGCUCUUCACCAGCCGCACAGGCUCAUUCGAGGCCAGCUCCCUCUUCUACCGGGCGUCUUUCGACUUUUUCCGCGAGGCCUGGUGGGGUCUGCCGGUGAAGGACACCCGUUGCGACGAGACGUUCCCCUCGUGGCACGCCGAGGAGGGCGCGUUUGGAGGCCCGCAGAACCGCCUCGUGUUUGAGGGGGCCGCCGGAGUGAGGUGUCGGUAUACGUUCUCGGCCGACCCGCGCCGGUAUGCUCGUCUGCUCAUCAAUGUGACUGAGCUGAGCCUGCGGGAGCGAUGUCAGGCGCCCGCCGAUGGUGACGCCUGUCUUCAGUCGCCGAGUCACCUGGCCUCGCUGGCGGAGCCGCCGCUCUGUCUGUGCCGCUCCAGCCACGCGCCGCGGGCCCUGCUGACCUCAGCCGCUGAGCUGACGCUGGAGCUGACGGUCAGCGCUGCCGCUGGGCGGCACGUGCUGAGGGACAGCUCAGCGCCGCUGUUGUCCGGAACGUACCGGUUUGUGCACGGGCCGUUCUGCGGAAGGACGGAGGCGACGGGGGAUCGACUGCAGUACCCGGCACUGGACUAUCAGCCGCGCGAGCCCACCUACUGCGUCUGGGAGGUGGAUGUAGGCGCCGGCCACGACCUGUGGUUCCAAGUUCGCGAGCUGCACCUGCAGUCCAACUGCUCCGUGGACAGCCUGCGGGUGUACACAGAUCAAUUCCGCCUUCUAGAUACUCUCUGCUCCGGCGCCGAGGGCAGCUCACACAUCGUCCCUGCGGCUUCCAUUAGCGGAGGCCGGGUCUGGCUGCACUUCGCCAGCCGCUCUCCCACCGCGCGGCUGCUGGUGCAGUGGUCGCGGGUGCCGUCCACCUCCGGAGGUCCUGCUGCCUCCCAGCUGGUAGCCGUGGAGGCUGUGACCACUCCGUACACCACCCCGCCGGCGGUGGCGGCCAGCGCUCGCGGCGCCGGCGACUCGCGCUGGAGGGAGAUCGGGAUGAUCGGCGGCGGCGCGAUGACGCUCUGCUGCCUGGCGGCGGUGGCCGUGUGGUGGUGUCGCCGUCGACGUCGACGUUGCUGGCCGCCUCCGGCUCCCGAGGAGCGCUGUUUGACGUCAGAGGCGGAGACGGCGGCGGAGGAGCCGUACAGGCCUCACUGAUGGGGUCGUAAGCCCAACUCGACGGCUGUCCGCGAGGGGAGGGAGGCUAUGUCCAGUAUUGGGAGGAUGGCAGGGAAGGUGGGCGGAAGGGCCAGGAAGCCUAGUAGGGUCGCCUAGUGAGCCGUGAAUUGCAUUGGCUGAUGGCUGGGAUGAAAGAUGAUAUGCUCAUAGGGAGGGUUGAGGGAACUCAUGGCGUGUUUGUAGUCUCAAGAGAUGAGAGGUAAUGAUCUUUCCGGCUGAACUGCUUUAUAUAUGGUACUUCAACCUUUAAUCAGAAUAGGUAAUGAAAGAUUAGUUUAAUUGGAACUAGUUUUCAUGACGCUCUUGUGGUUAAGUUCAUGUCUGCGUAACAUAUGUAUUGUUGACUCGUGAGCGAUGCUUGUAGGCGUACUUAUCACGUGGAAGCUGUUUUAAGCCCAAUUCCCGAUUUCCAAGCUGUAACUAAACGGUUCCCCGAGCGCCAUUUAUGUAAAAGGGCCCAGUGAGUAGACGCACAGGCAUAGGAGAGGUCCACAGCUCAGACGAACGUAUCGCAUCGCCUUUGCAUACCGCAUAGGCACUGUGUUACUGCAUGCACUUGCAUAUGGGUGCUGUAGUAAUGUACUGGUAGUGCGUACUUACCGUGUACCUACGUCUACGACAUAAUGGUUUAUGAUGCUGGUGAAAGUAGACAUUUUUUAAAGGUUGUUUUCCCUAGAAAAUGUUAAGCUUCAAAAAUGAUUAUAAUAAAAUGUUUUAUGUGUAACUCCUUCCUAAUACAAUAAAACACGUUUGUUA